AUGAGAGCAGCAUGGGCAGCAUUCGCAGCCGUCAGGGAAGCUACGAACCAACUGACGGACCAAGAUCUUCGUGCCCAUCUGUUCGACUCGACAGUUCUUCCAGCACUCUGUUACGCAGCGGAGACGUGGGCAGACACCACGGCCACGUCUAGGAAGCUGCUUACUACCCACAAAGCCCUUAGGAAUGUCCCGUCUUGCGACCCAGCGGAAUAUGUGUCGAAAGCAAAACAUAGAUGGCCCGGUCACAUCAUGAGAAGAAUCGACGAUAGAUGGACUAAAAGAACGCUAGAGUGGAUCUCAAGGGACGCUAAACGCCCUCGAGCGAGACCGCCAACGAGAUGGGGUGACGUGUUCCCUACACGGAUGGACCAGCUGAGAGCUCAGCUGGAUACGGCUGAAGGACCUCGCCAACGUCACUCACGAAGCUUGAGAACAUCUUGGAUGACAAUGGCGAGGGAACGAAGAGAGCAUAACCCACCUGAAACCCUUACCAGCCCAGAUUCGUGGAGUGAUGCCUUUAAGAGCAUCGAGGAUGUACUGAAGUGGACUAAGAACAUCCGGCUCCGUGCUCAAAUAUUCAACACCGGCAUUCUUCGUGCUUUGACCUACGCUUCAGAAACCUGUGUGUUUCGCAAGCGGGAGGAAAAUGCGAUCAGCGUCACAGAAUGCGCAAGUGAAGGGAUCAGAGACGCUGCCAAGUAUGCCAAGGAAAGUAAAAUUAGGUGGGCCAGACAAGUGAUGCGACAAUCGCUAGACCAGAGGCGACGUCGAACGCAGCGCAGGAAACCCGCUGACCCGACGGUGAGACCUCUUCACGAAGUUCUUCAAAGAAAAAUACGAUCCUCUUCGAGUCCGUCGCGAGAAGAAAAACCGCUGAGCAACCCUUAUGCUCGUCAUGGAAAAAUGGAACUAGUGACGCUGGAUGAAGUCCAACUACAAGAACAAGCUGGAUCCCGUCAGCUGCAUCGACUACAUCCAGAUCGUGUAGGAGUCACAGAGGUUUGCCGAGAAUACCGCCUGUCUCUUGUCCUAACUUUCGUCGACCAUGAGAAAGCCUUCGUCUGCGUAGAAACGAACGCAAUAUUGUCAGCGCCGGGCGAUCAAUGUGAGGACGUGUCGGUACGGCAAGGCGAUACUGUAUUUGCUGAAGCUGUUGAAAUCACUGGUGAAGACAGAGGUGUUCCUAUCCAAGGAAAAAUCUUGUCAAAACUUCGUUUUGCUUACGACAUCGUUCUCGAGAAGACAAGAAGAAGCAAAGACAAUGCUCAAAGAAUUAAACGAAGCAGGGAAGAAAAUAGAUUGCCAAUAAACGGAAAGAAGACACAGUUCAUGAAAAACGUCUGCUGGAAGGAGGGAGGAGUACAACUAGAAGGCUCGCAAAUCAUGGAAACUUCAUCAUGCCCGUACCUCACACGUUACAUGAAUAUGGAGAGCAACAUGAAGGAAGAAGUGAAUAUAAGGAUGAGAGCAGCGUAUGCAAAUAUUCGUGUUCGUCAGGGAAGCUAUGGUCCAACUGACGGACCAAGAACCCCGCGUCUAUCUGUUUGA